AUGCCCCCUCCACCGCCGCCGCCGCCGCCUCCGAUGCCUGCGAUGGGUGGCCCUCCGCCGCCACCCCCUCCGCCAGGAGGUCCUCCGGGAGCUGGUGCUCUGCCUGCUAGACCGCCUGGAGGGGCGAACAGAGGGGCUCUUCUCACCGAUAUCACUAAAGGCAAGGCCCUCAGGAAAGCCGUUACGAACGAUAGGUCCGCCCCGAUAGUUGGACAGUCAUCCGGCGGCCCAGGGGGCCCGCCUGUAGGAGGUGCACCACCAAUUCCAGGCUUGGGAGGUCUACCCAAACCUCCCGGUGGAUUGGCCCCUCCGGUGCCGGGAAAUCGAGCUAGAAGCAACAGUGACCAGAGCGGAAGGGAAAGCACACCUGCGCCGCCGAUGGAGGCGGCACCACAGCUUGGUGGUCUGUUUGCUGGCGGCAUGCCAAAGCUACGCAAGACUCGUGGAGCUGUCGACACGGGCGCUUCUGCAGACUCUUCGUACCUCUCGGAUCCUGAGAGCAACGUGCGAUCAUCCUCGGCGCCGAAGCCACCAACUUUCGGAGCGCCAAAGCCUCCAGGAGGUGCGGCGCCGGCCCCGCCGGGAAGACCGCCUCUACCUCCCCCCACCGCUGCCCCAGCACUACCGCCAUCGAUCGCCAACCUGCGCAAGACGACGAGCGAUGUACCCAGACCGGGCUCGUCAGCAUCGAUGAAAGGACCCCCGCCUCCCAUCGGCAAGAAGCCUCCACCACUGCCUGCAUCCCGGAAGCCUUCUUCCACGCCCUCCAGCCAUCCACCCCCAGUACCAGGUGCACCAGCUCCUGGAGCCCCUCCUCCUCCUCCUCCGUCAAAUGCUCCAGCACCUCCUCCACCCGCGCCCCCCUCGGCACCCCCCUCGGCACCCCCCUCGGCGCCGCCGCCCCCCCCUGCCGCUGUUGCACCUCGAGCUCCAGCGCCGUCACCACCCUCACGAUCCCCAGCACCUCCGCCGCCUCCACCAGCAUCGAAUGGGUCUUCACCGCUGGCAAUGCAAGCUGCCCUGCGAGCAGCCGGGCAAGCAUCUCCCAGUGCUGCUCCCCCGCCGCCGCCUUCAAACGCACCAUCACCCCCUGCUGCUGCACCCCCCCCGCCAGCCGCUCCCCCUUCACGGGCCCGCGCCGGUUCCGGUCUUCGUUCGUCCAUGUUGGACCCAAGUGCUUUCACUCUGGCUCCCAACGGCGCAAAGAGCCCUAGUCCUACUCGAUCUAGCACGACGGCCAGUCUGCACGCCGGUGGAGGAGGUGGCGGCGGAGGUGGUCAACGGUACAUUGUUCAAGAUCCACGGUGGAAGUUUCAAGACGAGGCUAUGCUACCAAAGCCGAGGGAUUUCGUCGGCGGUCCUCGACGCUACAGGGCUGGCAGAGGCAGCAGUGUUCCCCUUGACUUGAGUGCUCUGUGA